CGGAAAUUACCGAAGAUGCCCGAAGCCGUCGGGACGGACCCGAGUACCUCACGCAAGAUGGCGGAGCUGGAGGAGGUGACUCUGGACGGGAAGCCUCUUCAGGCUCUGCGGGUGACCGACCUGAAGGCCGCACUGGAGCAGCGAGGCCUAGCCAAGAGCGGGCAGAAGAGUGCUCUGGUCAAGCGGCUCAAAGGGGCUCUAAUGCUAGAAAAUUUACAGAAACACUCAACACCCCAUGCUGCAUUCCAGCCAAAUUCACAGAUUGGGGAGGAAAUGAGCCAGAACAGUUUCAUAAAGCAGUAUCUGGAGAAGCAGCAGGAGCUCCUGAGGCAGCGGCUAGAACGUGAAGCUCGAGAGGCUGCAGAACUUGAAGAAGCUUCAGCUGAGUCGGAGGACGAGAUGAUCCAUCCUGAGGGAGUGGCUUCCCUGCUGCCUCCUGACUUUCAGAGCAGCUUGGAGAGACCAGAGCUGGAGCUCAGCAGACAUUCACCCAGAAAGAGCUCUUUUUCUGAAGAAAAAGGUGAAUCUGAUGAUGAGAAGCCGAGGAAAGGAGAAAGACGAUCGUCCAGGGUUAGACAGGCAAGAGCAGCUAAACUUUCUGAGUACAGCCAGGCUGCUGAGGAGGAAGAGGAUCAAGAAACACCAUCUAGAAACCUGAGGGUCAGAGUAGAUCGAAAUUUAAAAAUGGAGGAGGAAGAAGAAGAAGAGGAAGAAGAUGAUGAUGAUGAAGAAGAGGAGGAAGAGGUAGAUGAGGGACAAAAAUCUGGAGAAGCAGAGGCGCCAGUCCUGAAACAGUUUGAGGAUGAAGAAGGGGAAGAGACACUCAGAGCAAAACCAGAAAAGGUGGUAGAGGAGAAACCCCAAGUCAUAGCAUCCCAGGAAAAGGAUGGGUUAGAGAAAGGAGGGCGAGUUACAAGAUCCCAGGAAGAAGCUAGAAGAAGUCACCUGGCCAAACAGCAGCAAGAGAAAGACACACAAGAAGUUUCUCUCCUUCAGGAGGCAAAUGAAGGAAAGUCUUCACAAAGCUUGGAGGAAAGAUCACAGUCUCCUUCCCCACCUUCACUCUCUGAAGACCUAGAGAAGGCCCCUGUUGUGGUACAGCCAGAGCAAAUAGUCAGUGAAGAGGAAACUCCCCCACCUUUACUUACCAAGGAAGCUUCAUCUCCUCCAACUCAUAUACAACUCCAGGAUGAGGAAGAGAUAGAGCCAGUGGAAGGCCCAGCACCCCCUGUCCUCAUUCAGUUAUCGCCUCGUAAUACAGAUCCUGAAAGUCGGGAGCUGGUGACGUCUCCGCAUCCUGUCCAGUUAGUAAGGGGGCUGUCUCCUUUGUCAAGUACUCUAGACACCAAAGCAGAAUCUCCAGCAGAGAGAAUGUCAGAUGAGAGUGCCCUGCCUCUGGCUCAGAAAAGCAUACCGUCUGAAUACUCAGCCCAGAAAGGUCUUGAAACUGAGCCUGAAAAAUCUGCUCACUCCCUCCCUCCAAAGGUAGAGGAAUUAGCACCCACCAAAGGGACCACUGAGGAACCUGUGAAAAAGCAGUCUUUGGAACAGAAGGAGGGCAGAAGAGCUUCCCACACUCUUUUCCCAGACCAUAGUUUGAAACAGUCAGCCGAUUCUUCCUCUAGCCGGUCCUCCUCACCUUCAUCCUCGAGCUCUAGAUCCAGAUCUCGCUCUCCUGACAGUUCAGCGUCUCACCCACAGUCAUCUCCAAGAUCUAAACAGAAAGAUGUAUCCCAAGCUCGAGUUCACACCAACCCUCAUGGUAGACCCAAGAUGGACUCCAGGUCAACAUCAGAGUCCAGGUCACAGUCCCGAUCCCGUUCCCGUUCAGCAUCAAGCAGCAGCAGAAAAUCUCUGAGCCCUGGAGUCUCCAGAGACAGCAACACCAGCUACACUGAAACCAAAGAUCCCUCUUGUGGUCAGGAGGCUGCAGUUCCACCAGUGCCACAGCUGCAGGUCCUUGAACCAAAGGAGAAGACUCCCACGUCCUCAGCCCCUGUCCGGGGAAGGCAUCUGAGCCAGACUGAGCCAGAGCAAAAGCAUGUGAUCCAGAGGUUGCAGCCUGAGCAGGGGAGCCCAAAGAAGUGUGAAGCUGGAGAGGCAGAGCCACCAGCUGCUACACAGCCUCAAACCUCAGAGACUCAGAUCUCUCAUCUCCCUGAAUCAGAACGGAUUCAUCACACUGUUGAAGAGAAGGAGGAAGUGACCAUGGACACAACUGAAAACAGACCAGAAAACGAGGUUCCAGAGCCUCCUGUGCCUACUGCAGACCAAGUCAGCAAUGAUGACCGCCCAGAGGGCAGUGCUGAAGAAGAGGAGAAGAAAGAGAGUUCGAUGCCUAAAUCAUUCAAGAGGAAAAUCUCCGUUGUCUCAGCUACCAAGGGGGUGCAAGCUGGAAACAGUGACACAGAGGGGGGCCAGCCUGGUCGAAAACGACGUUGGGGAGCCAGCACAGCCACCACACAGAAGAAACCUUCCAUCAGUAUCACCACUGAAUCACUCAAGAGCCUCAUCCCCGACAUCAAACCCCUGGCGGGGCAGGAGGCUGUUGUGGAUCUUCAUGCUGAUGACUCCCGAAUCUCUGAGGAUGAGACAGAGCGUAAUGGCGAAGAUGGAACGCACGACAAAGGACUGAAAAUAUGCCGGACAGUCACACAGGUAGUACCUGCAGAGGGCCAGGAGAAUGGGCAGAGGGAAGAGGAAGAAGAAAAGGAACCUGAAGCAGAGCCGCCUGUACCUCCCCAGGUGUCAGUAGAGGUGGCCUUACCCCCACCCGUGGAGCAUGAAGUAAAGAAAGUCACGUUAGGAGAUACCUUAACCCGGAGGUCCAUUAGCCAGCAGAAGUCUGGAGUUUCCAUUACAAUUGAUGACCCAGUCCGGACUGCCCAGGUGCCCUCCCCACCCAGGGGCAAGAUCAGUAACAUUGUCCAUAUUUCCAACUUGGUUCGACCCUUCACUUUAGGCCAACUGAAGGAAUUACUGGGACGGACAGGAACUUUGGUAGAAGAGGCCUUCUGGAUUGACAAGAUCAAAUCUCAUUUCUUUGUGACGUACUCAACAGUAGAGGAGGCGGUUGCCACCCGUACAGCUCUGCAUGGGGUCAAGUGGCCCCAGUCCAACCCCAAAUUCCUCUGUGCUGACUAUGCUGAGCAAGACGAGAAAAAGCUCAAGAGGAGCCACCUGCCAAGUUGCUGGAUGACCUUUUCCGUAAGACUAAGGCAGCUCCCUGCAUCUACUGGCUCCCACUGACUGAGAGCCAGAUUGUUCAGAAGGAGGCAGAGCAGGCUGAACGGGCCAAGGAACGGGAGAAGCGGCGAAAGGAACGAGAAGAAGAAGAGCAGAAGGAGCGGGAGAAGGAAGCUGAGAGGGAACGGAACCGACAGCUAGAACGGGAGAAGCGAAGAGAGCACAGCAGGGAGAGGGAAAGGGACAGGGAGAGGGAGAGGGACAGGGGGGACCGAGAUCGGGAUAGGGAAAGAGACAGAGACCGAGGCAGGGAGAGGGACCGCAGAGACACCAAGCGCCACAGCAGAAGCCGGAGUCGAAGCACACCUGUACGGGACCGGGGUGGGCGCCGCUAGCUAAGAAAACACUAGAGAGCUGCAGGUACCUGCCACUCUGCCCUGGGAGGUUAAAGGCCACAGAGGGAUAGGUACAAUCACCACCACCCUGGAACCAAGGGUCUCUCACACCAUUGCUCAGUGCUGAACUAUAACUGCCACCCAUCCCCACAUACCAAAUAGAGCAGUGGCAACCUCUCCCUCCCCCGACCUAACUCUUGGAACUUAGUCCUCCUCCUUUCUUCCCAUUAAGUCUGAGAGGUAAGAGCUAGGUUAUGGAAGGAAGGGUUUGGCCAGAAGUGGGAAUAGCCAAGUGCCCCGGACCUCUCAUCUUCCCUCCGUCCUGCUUUCCACCUCCCUUGGGUACACACACAGCCUUUUGGGAACAGCCGGGGCCAGGACUGGGUCACCUAUGAGCUGAAUCAGCCUCUCCUCCUGAGUCCCAGGGCCCCUGCAGUUCCCGAGUCUGUUUUGUCCUGCAGCCUCUUGCCCUCUGGUUCCACUUUAUAUCCACCUUUUCCUUUUGUUCAAUUUUUAUUUUUAUUUUUUUUAUUAUUAAAUGAUGUGGUCUAUGGAAAAAAUAAAAAUCUGACUUAGUUUUAA